AUGCUAUUGGAUGUAAUACCAUCACAGCAACCAACGGCUGAUUUGGAACAAAAGAAAGUCAAUGCCGAACAUGACGAAUCAGAGCUUAAUUUUGAGCGAUAUGCUGAACUGAUUGAUCAGGCUCGCCAGCAAUUAGGGUUCCGCAAAAAUUCGCAAAUGCGAAAUGCGCUUGCGAAAUGA